ACAACAACAUUCAUUGCCUUUACUCCAGUAAGAAAGCUCCAAUAAUAUGGCCUCUAAGAUUCUUCUCUCGUUAGCCAUCUUUGCUGCAGCCUGUUCCUCCCUUGCUCUUGCAUCCGAUCCCAGUCCUCUACAAGAUUUCUGCGUUGCGGAUAAAGAAAAUCCUGUGAAGGUGAAUGGAUUUGUUUGCAAGGAUCCCAUGCAAGUUAAUGCAGACGAUUUCUUUGCCAGUGGGCUGCAAACUCCGGCCGAAAUAAAGAAGGACGUAGGCUCUGGUGUGACAACAAUCAACGUCGACAAACUGCAUGGACUCAACACUCUAGGAAUCUCAAUGGUACGCAUUGACUUCAUCCCCCAAGGCAUCAACCCACCCCAUACGCACCCACGCGCCACAGAGAUCUUGACCCUUCUCGAAGGGACCCUGCUUGUAGGGUUUGUGUCCUCGAACCAAGACGGCAACCGGCUCUUCUCCAAGGUCCUAUACAAAGGGGACGUGUUUGUUUUCCCAGAGGGUAUGGUCCACUUUCAGCAGAACGUUGGGUACGAGAACGCAGUGGCGAUUGCAGCCCUGAGCAGCCAAAACGCAGGCGUUAUCACCAUUGCAAAUACUGUGUUUGGAUCCGAACCAGCCAUCUCAAUUGAUAUUUUGGCAAAGGCAUUCCAGACUCAUGCGCACAUCAUUGCUGCCAUUCAAGCCAAGUUCUGA